AUGGCUGAGCUCAAGCCUUACAGAGGGAGCUACUACCUCUGGAAAUACGUCCCCUCCCUUCCAGCUGCAAUCAUCUUCUUGAUACUUUUUGUCGCUGCCACAGCAUUCCACUUUUGGAAGCUCCACCGAACAAAAGCUUGGUUCUGUCUUGCAUUUUCUCUAGGGGGACUCUGUACGUAUACUAGACACCCAUUUUAUUUGAACAUCGCUGACAGGUUUUCGCACGGAGUCGAAGUAAUCGGUUACAUCGGUCGAGCCGCUGCGCACACCAGCACAGAUUCGGUGAUAGUUUAUGCGAUUCAGAACGUGUUCCUCCUCCUCGGGCCCACACUUUUUGCAGCUUCUAUCUACAUGACUCUCGGGCGAAUAACCCGCAGCGUCCACGCUGAAAAACAUUCGCUUGUUCGGAUCGACUGGCUCACCAAGAUAUUCGUGAUGGGCGAUGUGGUAUCAUUCCUUGUGCAAGGCGGUGCAUCAGGCCUGAUGGCCACGGGGAAUAACGUGAAGCUAGGCUCGAACAUUGUGGUUGCUGGUCUCGUCAUCCAGGUCAUCAUGUUCGGUCUAUUCAUUAUCACAUCGAUUGUCUUCGAGGUUCGCAUGCGUCGAUCACCCCCGACGGAGGCUUUAGAUGAGCGGAUCAACUGGACGAGCCGAGUGCGCACGCUGUAUGCUGUUAGUGCGCUUAUCCUGAUUCGGAGUAUUUUCCGUGUUGUGGAAUAUGCAGCUGGAAAUGAUGGAUAUCCACUUACCCAUGAGUGGAUGCUUUAUGUGUUUGACGCCGUUCUGAUGAUAAUCUCUAUGAUUAUCUGGGGUAUUUGGUAUCCAGGAAUGCUGCCGAGACUCAUAGUUCCAGACCAGGAGAUAGUAACAGAGGUGGUGGCCGGCCUGGAGAUGAAGGAGCGCUGA